AACACUGCAGUACAUGCGACCCUACAAGCGCUCUCAUCCUGUGCUCGUUUUUCUCCAACGCCAGCGACGACACGGAGGAAAACAGUCAUCUGGGUCUCGAUGUGAAGUGGCGGAGAAUAUUUUUACGCAUCCGGAAAUCCUAACUUUCCCUCACAACGCGAAGCAGCGGCACUGUGCAUUCCAGCAACAAGCGCAUCCAUUGAGGGUGUUUUCAGCCCAGCGGCUCGUGUGUUCGAAGUGCGUCAAAAUAGGUGAAAUCCUGGAACUGUGGACUACAUUCUUAUUCUACACAGAGCAGCCAAACGCUGGACUAAUAAAGACGUGUCUACAACAGCUUGUUUGAUGUUUUUAUGAUGGUCACACCCGUCAAGAAUUCAGGUGGCUAAAAUACGUUUUGCAGCUGACCCUGUCCACAGCGGUACAUUGCUUUGCUUCUGAGGCGCUACAACUCUCUGCUUCUCCAAAUUGGGUACGCGCCGACUGCCAUCCACUGCAGUUGCUGUGUGCGGCAUUUGUGGACUGCAAAGGAUUAGCAAAUAAAACAGCAUUCCCCUUGACUACGCAGUGGAAAGGUUUUCCCGAUCACAGACAUCACAGCAGAGCCAAAGGUGCGGUGGGGGCAAGGCUGCUCUCAGGUCUGAACAAACCUGUCGCCAUGGAUGUGGAUGAGGAGGAGAAUAUGAGUUCGAGCAGCACCGAUGUUAAGGAAAACCGAAACCUGGACAACGUGUCCUGCAAAGACGGGGUGGGAGUGGCUGAACAACUCCCCAAUGGAAGCGGCCUGGGCAGUCGAAAGCGCCCCCUAGAAGAGGGAAACAAUGGACACACACACUCCAAGUUCCGGGCCAAAAAGCGCAAGAAAACACCCGGGCCAGUCCUGCCCAAGAAUGCUCUGAUGCAGUUGAACGAAAUCAAACCAGGUCUACAGUACAAACUGCUGUCUCAGACAGGACCAGUCCAUGCACCAGUUUUUGUCAUGACAGUGGAGGUCAAUGGACAGAUGUUUGAGGGCAUGGGCCCAACUAAGAAGAAGGCUAAACUAAAUGCAGCAGAGAAAGCGCUGCGUUCCUUCGUCCAGUUUCCCAAUGCCUCUGAGGCACACCUGGCCAUGGGUCGGACACUGACGGUGAACACAGACUUUACAUCUGACCAAGCUGACUUCCCAGAUAUGCUCUUCAAUGGCUUUGAGACACCAGCCGCACCGGAUGAAUCCUUCUAUGUAGGCUCCAAUGGUAGCAGCUCCUUAAACUCACUAGGCGAGUACCCACUGCCCACACCACCUGGCAGCAACCUUGUCCAGGCCCCACUGCCCCCUCCAUCUGCUUUCAGCUCGCCCUCCAGCGGCAAAAACCCAGUCAUGAUACUCAAUGAGCUUAGGCCGGGCCUCAAAUAUGACUUUGUCUCAGAGAGUGGGGAGAGUCAUGCCAAGAAUUUUGUGAUGUCAGUAACAGUGGAUGCACAGACGUUUGAAGGUUCAGGGCGCAACAAGAAGCUGGCUAAAGCCCGGGCAGCGCAGGCCGCCCUCUCAGCUCUCUUCAACAUGCAGCUAGACCAGACACCAUCCCGGCAACCCAUACCAAGAGAGGGAUUACAGCUUCACCUACCCCAGGUUCUGGCUGAUGCCGUCUCUCGCCUGGUGGUGGAUAAGUUCAGUGAGCUGACAGACAACUUCACCUCCCCUCAUGCGCGACGGAAAGUCCUAGCGGGGGUCGUCAUGACAACAGGGACAGAUGUGAAGGAAGCACAGGUCAUUUGUGUCUCCACGGGAACUAAAUGCAUCAACGGUGAGUACAUGAGUGACCGUGGCCUGGCACUCAAUGACUGCCACGCUGAGAUAAUCGCCCGACGCUCGCUCAUCAGGUACCUCUACACUCAGCUGGAGUUCUUCCUCAGCAACAACAAGGAGGACCACCAAAAGUCGAUAUUCGUGCCGUGUGAGAAGGGAGGCUACAGAUUAAAGGACAACGUUCAGUUCCACCUCUACAUCAGCACCUCGCCAUGUGGCGACGCCAGGAUCUUCUCUCCACACGAGGCCGGAGUGGAAGACCAAGGAGACCGACAUCCCAACCGGAAAGCACGGGGCCAGUUAAGGACCAAAAUUGAGUCGGGAGAGGGCACCAUCCCUGUGAGGUCCAGCAACACCAUCCAGACCUGGGACGGGGUGCUGCAGGGGGAGAGGUUACUCACCAUGUCCUGCAGUGACAAGAUCGCAAGGUGGAAUGUAGUGGGCAUUCAGGGCUCUCUGAUGAGCUACUUCUCAGAGCCAAUCUACUUCUCCAGCAUCAUCCUUGGCAGCCUUUACCAUGCGGAUCACCUCUCAAGGGCCAUGUACCAGCGCAUCGCAGAGAUCGAGGACCUGCCCCAGCAGUUCACCCUCAACAGGCCUCUACUCAGUGGUAUAAGUAACGCAGAGGCCAGGCAGCCAGGGAAGGCACCCAACUUCAGUGUGAACUGGACGGUGGGCGACCAGGCCCUCGAGGUGAUCAAUGCGACCACAGGCAAGGACGACAUGGGUCGCGCUUCACGCCUCUGCAAGAACGCCCUCUACAGCCGCUGGGUGCGCCUACACUCCAAGCUGUCAUCCAUCUUGUGGAUCAAGAUGCUGAAGCCCAGCUCCUACCAUGAAGCCAAGCAGGCAGCCACAGAGUACCACUCUGCCAAGCAAGCGCUCAUCAAGGCCUUCCACAAAGCCGGCCUGGGGGCCUGGGUCAAAAAGCCCAUUGAGCAAGACCAGUUCACCCUCAGCUCCUGAGGGAGUCAAGGGACCAAGGGAUUCCUAAAGCCCCCACUCCUUCCCCCCCUGACCCAGGCCUGAAAGCAACAGAGUUCCCCAUUAACUACCAGCCCACAGAGACACUUACCUCCGUCCCAUGUGUCGGCACACACGUGCACUUUGUACUUGUGCGUAGUUUCACAAACCAUCCAUAGCUCAUCAUUCUCAUUCCUCAGAGGACCUCAGCCUCACCAUGUCCUUUCUUAUCAUAUUGAUUUGUGUCCUUUUAUUUUGAUGGAUGGUGUUUCUUCAUCGUCUUGUUUUGUGUUUUAAAACUGGAAUCCAUGGUUUUUACGCCUCCGAGUUUUAUGUUUCCCAGAGAAAUCGUGUUUUUAUGCCUUACAUGUGGAAGUCAUACAGUUUUGUCUUAUUUUCUUGAUCAAUGAGUGUAGCCAGUUGAGGUGUGAAAUGUAGCCUAGAAACACAGGAUCUUUGUUAACUAAAACCAAUGUGUAUGGACCUAAAAGAAGAUAUACUUGCUAAAAUGAAUAUGACCUUUAAUUUAAAGCUGUUCUUCAGGAUGUAAAUCUAGUACUGAAAAGAAAGAGAACUUUAAAUAAUUAUAUAACAUUUUAAUGUGUGUUAUUUGGUCCGUUCCUUAGAUGAGACUACAUGUUCCUAGCCCCUGUAUUAAAAAAAAAAUGUUACAAAA